UAGAACAUUUAUUUAGUCUGAGUUAAAAUUAAAAAGGCAAGAUGGCAAGAUUAUCCGUUUUAGCAUUUAUCGUUCUAGUUUCAUUUAAUGUAUGCAUGGGAUGUUCAAAUCCAGAAGUAGCUGCAACAUCUUUCACAACACUGGAUGCAACAAUAGUUACAAAUAUUGCUUAUAUUUCCGAAUUUUCUGUAAAAUGCAGUUCGGGAAAACUUGGAAAUUUAUAUGCCGAGUUAGAUGGAACUAUUUCACCAGUAUCUACUGUAGGAAAUAACAGAUUUCAAGUAAGCUGGACUGAAGAACCAAAAACUGCAAAGUCUGGUGACAGAAUAGUCAGAUUAUUUGAUGAAGAUGGCUACACAGCUUACAGAAAAGCCAUUAGGUCCAAAGAAGAUAUCCAAAAUGUACCUGCCUUAGUAAAUUUAAUUGUAUCCCACCCUGGAGCUUACAAUGGUCCCUGGUUAAAGUCUGAAUUUAUCGCUACUUUCGUUUCAUUGGUAGUAGCUUAUAUUGCCGUAGCAUCUAGGGCAAAGGUUGUUUCGUGA